GUAAAACACUUAAUUCAGCUUUGAGAAAUGGGAAGCUUAAUUUCACAAUUCUCUACCAGGCACAUAAUUCUGUCUGGCAACUUGUCUGACUACCAAAUCCAAAGGUUGAUUGGAGAGGGGACCUUUGGGAAAGUUGCCUAUUGCACUACAGUAGGCACAAAAGAAAAUGUUGCAGUCAAGAUCCUGAAGAAAACCCCAACUAAUCUCCAGAAUGGUACACGAGAGGUGCAAAUACUGAGAAAGACCAACAAUCUGGAUCCAGACGAGUACAAUUUAGUUCGUUUUAUUGAAUUUUUUGUUCAUCAGGACAAAGUUUGUCUGGCAUUUGAGAAGCUUGAUCAGACCCUAUGUGACUUGAUAAAGGAUAAUGGAAAACUUAAUGUAAAGGAAAUCCGGCCAAUAGUACAACAGAUGCUUGUGGCACUAGAUGCACUCAACAAGAUUGGCAUAAUUCACACGGAUAUAAAGCCUGACAAUAUUAUGCUCGUGGAUCACAGGGAGCGUCCUUUUAAAGUCAAACUAAUAGAUUUUGGUGUGGCUAUUCUGGCCUCUGAAAACCAUCAAGGCAAGACAAUGCAACCUUUGAUAUACAGAUCUCCAGAGGUCAUACUGGGGCUUCCAAUCACUGCCGCCAUAGAUAUGUGGUCUCUUGGGUGCGUCCUAGCCUAUCUGUAUGUUGGCAGGGACCUGUAUGGUAGGGCAGUGUGCGAAUACGACAUGUUAAGAUUAACUGUACAUUUGCAAGGUCAGCCGAGAAAGGAGCUGCUGAAUGAUGGGACUAAAACCCAGAAUUUUUUCUUUGCUUCUGAAGCAAAAUGGAGGCUGAAGACACCAGCAGAGUCUGAUUUUGAAGGAGGACGUGAUGUGGCAAAGGGUUUAUGUAUGCGAUCUCUAGAUGACCUGUACCACCCAAAGCCAAAACAAGGAUGUGAGCAUGAAGACACACAGACAUUUCUGAGUCUGUUAAAACAGAUGCUGCAUCCAGAUUGGGAUAGAAGAAUUACUCCCAGUGAAGCUUUGCAACAUUCAUUUAUUACAGAGGGACACCUGCAUGUAGAAUCAACUUCUGGCCCAAUUAGUGAAGUUGCCACAGCUUCCAGAGUUCUUACUAUAAGUAGGCCUACACAUGCAGAUCCACCAGAUGGGCAUGAAGAAGGAUCCUACAACUUGAGAAGAAACUAAAAAAAGAAAAUCUGCAAUUUUGCCAGAGAUGACACGCAUGAAAAACUGAUUCCCUGUGACAAGAUUAAAAAUAGUUGGACUUUUCUCUGGUUUCCUGCUCUUUAGACAUAUGGACCUCACAGUUAAUGAAACAGCUACCCAGUUUUAGUGAGGUUUGUGCAUAAUGAAAACUGUCCAAGUGCAAAAGUCAGUUUGCCUGAUUUUAGUUAGCAGAUGUGUGCGCACACAGCUGUCUGAAAUCACAAAUCAACUUUCUAUUGAAAUUUCCGUCAAAAACGACAACUGGCCUGUUAAUGACAUUCAGGCAGCUCUAUAGCGAGUUAUAGUAGCCUAUAAUGUAGUUUUAUCAAUGUCUGAAUCCUUACUAAUAAUCUUGUUCACGUGUCACUGAAUGUAUCCGGGAUUUUGCAGACACAUUAGGCCUACUGAUGAUAUGUUUGUUGUCCACAGCUGGCUGUGUGUCAGAUUCUUUCCUUUGAGUUUAACAAAUAGCCUAACUGCAGCGAUCACACAGCAGCAGAAACCAUAAGUGCGCCUCCAAAUGAAGGGACACUGUGCGCAUUUACGCACACGGCACAGCAUCAGUAACUUCAGAUUUAACAGUAAUUCAUGUCUUCUCUAACCAUCCAA